GCGCGUCUCAUCACGCAGUCCAAAGAAAUAUCUUGACUUGGGGUACGUGCAAGUGGAGAGAGAUGUGAUGACAAACAGAUGACCAUCAUUGUUUCACACAGGAUUCUCUUUUCACAGAGUCCCUUUUCUUUCGCUCCUUCCGUUGGCCUACUCAAAGCAACCUACUCGAACUAAUCUUCCAUGAUUUUUUGUUCAAGUCUGUUCAAGUCAUCAUCAAAGUCAAGUGACGAAACAUCUCGCCUAUACCAGUUGGAUAUUAGCUACCACUGAUCAUCAUGUCUUCUCCGGUCCCUUCCUCUCCUACCUCUCCCCUCCAGUCUCGGUCUGAGCAGCGACACCAAUACCGCCGCCAGGAAAUCUACGAAGAACCGCCCUCUCAGCCCCUGCCUUAUGAUUCAAGCAUCGUCCUGUUACAAUCCUUCAACAACUUUUUGGUUGUCGCCAUUCACAAUAUUCUCUACUAUCGGGGAAUCUACCCGCAACCUACCUUUCUCUCUGCUCGCGCCUACAAUCUCCCGGUGCACCAGAACCGCCAUCCCAAGGUCUGCGCCUGGAUACGCGAUGCUGUCAAAGCCGUGGCCGCUCAGAUUGCAGAGGGCCGUGUAUCACGCAUUGCCGUCGUCAUUCACUCCCCUCUCGAAGCAGAAGUGUCGUCUGAUGCUACGCAACCAGCAUCCUCUCAGAUCAUCCCACCAGGUUCGGUUCUUGAACGCUGGAUGUUUGACGUCAGCCGAUUCCCCGCGUGGCCUGGUGGUGCCAAGCCAAUGCGAGCCUUUGAAAAAGCCUUAGCGAAAGAGCACAGAAAUGAAGACAGUCGAGACGACGAAUACUAUUUCCCUACCGCUCACACAGUGAGCUUGCCCGAUCUCGACGAGCAGUUACGUGGUGCACUGCGAAGAAUGGCGCAUGCUGCCGAGAAGCUGGAUGCCCUGCCAGAGGGAUGUACUUUUACCGUGGCCGUGGAGUUAAGAGACGAGGCCCUUGCUCCCAUUGGGCAUCCCCAAGCGUGGAUUCCUUCCGAACCCAACCUUCAACCCGCCUCUCGCUCAAGGCCGGAACCAGGCGCAGAUGUUGGAGGUGUCAAGACAUCUCCAAUCCGGUCUGUCGAGGCAGGGGCCUUGUUCUUCGAGUGUUGGCUCGAAGAAGGAAAGGCGAAAGAAAUGUUGAAGAAGUAGGCAAGCACAAUCGGAUGCCUUUGAAUGUCGCAAACAUGCCCCUCGACGGUUUCCUGACCAGGCACCGCACGAGGGACAAACCAAUAAAAACGCCUGCAUGACCAUCGUCUUGCGCUCAAGAGGAGACUGACUUCCCCGAACCUCACAAAUGCCACCUUUUUCAAACACAAUCAAUGCGCAUCACGGAGGCUGUGGAACCGCCACUCUUUUGUUACGGCAUGAGACUGGCAAAGCUGGUCCCAACAAAAGAAAAUAGAAAGAGGGAACAUACCCAUGGCUGCAGCUGAUCUCAAACCCUCGCGCUGUAGGCGCAUCCAGGAGGCAGGAAAUAGCCCACUGGGUCCUUGGCCCCCCAGCUGGCGCUACUUGUUACUCCCUCAGCACCAAUCCUGCUGCCCAACUGGUACGUGUUGAUGGGGAGGUUGACCAGAUCUGCGAUAUCGCUAUUACCGACCUCGGUGCCUUGAACAUUUGUGGCCUCGAUACCGAAUACGCAUGAACACAUGAUAACGAGCCUACACCAUGGAUCGCAUCUCGCUUCAGUAACGCUGGCCGAGAAAUAGUCAUCGUCUCCCUGUAGGGGAGGCGACGCUGAUCUUGUUGACUUGAUGGUGUCGUCGCACGUGUCCAAAGUCCUGUAGGAGUAGCCGAAACGCCUACUUUUGUUGGGGCUGAGACAUGUGCCACGUUGACCAAUGGAGCGCUUGAGUACGAAGUGGACGAGGAAGGUGUAGGAGAUUCCAUCGGCGUUGGUGAUGGUGCCCUCGAUACAAGAUGCAGUCUCGACGAUGGUCUCGACCGCGGCCUCAACAGUGGUUGCAGCGUCCAUGGGGAUGACGGCCCCGGAGGCGAGGGUGAUGGCAGUGAGGUCGAGGACGAUGCUGAGGCGCGCAUGUCGAUGACUUGGGGGUGGGCUUUGCAAGCCUGGAAUUUUCUGGUGAAGGCUGAUUGAUUUGGAGAGCGACUGAAGUGGUCUUGAAGAUGGAUGGAUGACAAUCAGUAUGACAGUGAGAAAACAAAAAGAAAAGACUAUGAACAGAGAGAGGCAGUGAGAUCUGAUGAUAAUAGCUGUUUGACAAAGAUGUACGGCGCGCGUAGUUCAAUAUCAU